CGUUUUCACGCCCGGGCAGUGGGAUGCGUGUAAGUGUUUCUUGUUAUCGAAAGUUCUCUUGUGUUUCAUAAAAUUUCUUAUUGAUGGUGUUUUCUAUAUUGUGGAUAGAACCAUCGAAAUCAGUUUUCCUCAAUUUUAUUCCUGUGAUGAGCACGGUACAUACUGGAUGGAAGAAUGCUAUCUGCAGUCAGCAGCCGCAGAAUCGGAUGCCUACAUUGCACCGAAAAUACCAAUCGAAUAUGCCGAGUGCGCGGAAUUGGCUCCAGCAAGGUGCUGCUCACAACUCACACGAGGCGAUAAUUGUUCAGCUUAUAACCUUGAUCACUUGGCCACAUCGCGGGCACGUCUGCCGUGUAAAAAAAAACCAUGAUGUAACCAAAAUGAUUUACGGUAUAUUUCUAUUAUAUAUACCCCCUUUUUAUUACCGUAGAACCAUUUUGACUGCAGUUCACACCACUAAGCAGUCAUGAAAGUGGUGUUGCUGUUGGGGUUUGUGGCCCUUGCCGCGGUGUACAUCCAACCGAGCGAGGCAUGUGAAGAGUGUAAAUCAUGUUGGAAUUACAAACACUGUGAAAUAACCGAGUUUCCCUGGAUUGUGAGGAGGUGGUUUGCCGUUUCCAUCACCAGAGUGACCCUCAACAAUUUCUGGGGUAAAGGGAAGUCUUGCGGCAUGUUUAACAAAUGUUCGAAGAAGGUUUGCGGCUGUGUUGGAUUAGACGUUGGCCGUAUCGAAGGGCGGAUAUUGCAAGGACAGUGGUUCUCCCUCAACAGGAAGACUCAUGUACAGUUUAUGCGUCGAUACUGGGCCGUUGUUCACGAAAACAAUGCUGAGAUGACUUUCUUCUUAGCCGCCCAGGCCACGUGGAAAGUGCCGGCGAUAGUAGUGAAAAGAGUUUUCUGUGAUGAAUGUGGAAAAGUUAAAAACGUAAAAACGUACGUUGUACCGGACGCAGAAGUGAAAGUGAAAAUGGUGUCCGUCGAGGUUAGAGCUAUCAUACUUGUCAUGAAGAUAAAGUUUAGGAUAUUGCUGCUGUGUAAUGGCCUCAAAGGAAUUGUCAGCAACAAGCCGUUCGUUCUUGUGUUGACCACGAUGCCGUUCCCGAGUAAGGGCGAGACGUGGAAAGAAGUAAACAACGCUCUGUACCACUUCAACAUCGACCCGCACAAAAUGAAGUUCCUGAGACACGAAUUCUGCAUCUACCCGCCCUUCGAUUGGUGCAACUCCUGGGUCGCGCCUAAAAACAACGACUGCAACAUUUGCAAAAUGCCGUAGUAGUCACUUUUGCCGGCGUCACUUUGAUACGUCCCACAACUGCCGUCAAAAAUAUUGGUCCUCCCAAAUUAUGGAGGAAAACGACACUAAAAAAUAAAACACCGGCGAGGGAAGUCGUACUUACGGGCUAUACAGACAUACCGUCGGCGUUCCGGGCUUAGAGGCCGGAAUUUCCGGGCGUAGCACCCGGAGCAAUCGAAGUUACGGCUCCAGCACCCGGAACUUUUGACGUCUAAGCCCGGAACGGACGGUAUGUCUACGCAGCCCGUAACUUUGUUUUCAGUUUUCAGUGGCCCAAAAUUUGAACGAACACUUUAAACUCUCUGAUAAUCUACAAAUUUUCUUAGUUCUUUUUCUUCAACAAAUAUAAAUAUAUAUUAUUUUUCUCAUCGGUAAUGUUUUGGUUUUAAGCCGUGCAGAAAUGGAACUUAGAGAACUUAACGUUCCUGAAAUUAUUACAAUGUGUAAAAUGAAAUAAAUAAACGUAUGUGACA